GCAGGCGCAGAAUGUCUAAGGAAACUGAAUAGGGAAAGCGAGGAAAGCCACGAUUUGCUGAUGCAGGAGUGGUGAAAUCUACUGAGAGGGCGUUGAAAGAGGAAUGCAUGUAAAAUGAUUAAGACAAGGUGUCUUUGAUUGACAGGUGUGUGUGCGUGCUCAGGUGAGGAUGACAAUGGCUCAUGUUGGAGCAGUGGUCGCGGCGGUGACUGGGCUCAUGGCCAUCCUCCUACACUCAUCCAUACACCGCAUAGACGAGGGACACGUGGGCGUCUACUACAGAGGUGGAGCACUCUUGACUUUCCCGAACGGGCCUGGAUACCAUAUCAUGCUGCCUUUUAUCACUACCUACAGAUCUGUGCAGACGACACUGCAGACAGAUGAGAUUAAGAAUGUGCCUUGUGGAACCAGCGGGGGUGUGAUGAUCUACUUUGACCGAAUCGAGGUUGUGAACAUGCUGGUGCCGACUGCAGUGGUGGACAUUGUGAGGAACUACACCGCUGACUACGAUAAAACACUCAUCUUCAACAAGAUCCACCACGAGCUCAACCAGUUCUGUAGUGUACACACGCUUCAGGAAGUUUACAUUGAGCUCUUCGACAUCAUCGAUGAGAACCUGAGGACGGCCUUGCAGAAGGAUCUGACUAAUAUGGCCCCCGGGCUCACCAUUCAGGCUGUGCGCGUCACCAAGCCGAAAAUCCCCGAGUCGAUCAGGAGGAACUAUGAGCUUAUGGAGGCGGAGAAGACUCGUCUGAUGAUCACGGCCCAGACACAGAAGGUCGUGGAGAAGGAGGCUGAGACGGAGAGAAAGAAAGCCAUCAUCGAGGCGCAGAAGGUGCUCCAGGUGGCUGAGAUCCAUUUCCAGCAGAAGGUGAUGGAGAAGCAGACUGAAAAGAAGAUCUCAGAGAUUGAGGACUCUGCAUUUCUGGCACGAGAGAAGGCCAAAGCAGAUGCUGAGUACUACACAGCAGAGAAGAUUGCUGAAGCCAACAGGGUGAAGUUGACCCCUGAGUACCUGCAGAUGGUGAAGUACCAGGCCAUUGCGUCCAACAGCAAGAUCUACUUUGGCCAGGACAUCCCCAACAUGUUUGUGGACAACAGCGCCCCCUCUGAGGGUGGAGGAGCGGUGCAGGAGGACGGCGCCGAGCUCACAGAGAACAGGCCCCGCCACAAGGGUGCGCCGUCCCGCACCCACACAGAGGGGCAGUGAGGGGCCACCGAGCCCCUGGACUCCGAGAUGACCCACCCUGUCCAUCUCUGUCCGUCCGUCUGUCUGUCCGUUGACUUUGAAUGUCCCUUUGACGAUCUGUCUGAUGCAAUGUGUGUGUGUCUGAUGCAAUGUGUGUGUGUGUGUGUGUGUGUGUGUGUGUGUGUGUCUGUCUGAUGGAAUGUGUGUGUCUGAUGCAAUGUGUGUGUGUGUGUGUGUGUGUGUGUGUGUGUCUGUCUGAUGCAGUGUGUGUCUGUCUUAUGCAAUGUGUGUGUGUCUGAUGCAAUGUGUGGUCUGCCUGCUGAUAUGACCACCAGGUUGUCUGUUGAUCUGAAUGGCCCACUGACUGGACGAUUGUCUGUUGUCUGUCUGUCUAUUGGUCAGUGGGGUUUGGGCUCUUAAUGUCUUGAUGCUUCACCAGCUUGUAAGGGUGCUCUCUCUGCUAGGAUCCUAGGGCAAGAGAGACUGCGUGCGUGCGUGGGUCGGUGCGUGCGUGCGU